CGGCUGUUGAGUUCAUUCAUAAUAUAUAAUUGAAAAUCUGAAAUUUACGACCUCUUCGAAGGGGGGCUUGGCCUUGGGCUUCUGAUAUAAAAUAAAACUCAAACUUUUGCUACUCAUCUGCGCCAGCGAGUUUAAGAUCUAGAUCUUCCAAUAUCUGUUGUUUUGUUCUUUUCCGCUGCUGUUGCAUAGCUCUUUUGAUUUCUGUUGUAGAAAACAACAUCCUCGUGGAGAUCGUUGAACAGUCUCGCGCCGGCGAUGUUUCUAGCAGAAGUUUUCCAUUCGUGUUUCGUACGCAGGACGAGUUUUUCUGGUUCUUCGUAGCACCCAGUAAUGCGACUAAUACGUAAAACGAAAGAGAUGAAUCAGUGGAAGACAAAAAGCAAAAUCCCGCAACAUGGUGCCUGCAAUUCAUAAGUUUCAUUUUGACAAAAAAGUCAUUCUGUUUGGCGAAGGAGGAUUCAAAUUUGCAGCUGCAUACGCACUUCGAAACCCGACACACCAUUUGGUUGCCACCACUUUGGAGAGCGCCGAUGACGUCUUCUGCAGAGAUCCGCUCGCCAGGAAGCGCGUCGCCGCUCUCCGCGACGUCGGUCACGAAGUUCACUUUGACACAGAUUAUCGCAGAUAUUCAAUGGAGAUAGAGAAAUCCAGACGGCCGCCGAUGUUUACCAAGUUGGGUGGGAAAACUUCCCUCGAAUGGGACUUUGGCAAACUUCCCUUGGGUGGAAACGUGAAUCUUGGGCGCGCCGUCCCGCCACGGAUUUAUUGCUGCGGACUAAUGACAAGAGGGGGUUGCACGAAUUUGACAUCGUCAUCUUCAAUUUUCCCUACGUCAAAGAAGACCCACGUCCAGAGUGGAAGCCUGCAGGAACGCUACCCACGUCAUGUAAGAGCGCAGCACUCAUCGUCGACUUCCUAGUCUUCUGCAGCCAGGAAGCAAAAAUCGGAGCGGAGAUUCUCUUGGGUCUCGCUACGUCGAAAAGCAUGACGUUUUUUGACGAUCAAAAUACAGAUAGCGACAACGAACACGAAGAAUUUCCGGAGUGCUACCGACCGGAUCAGUACGGCAAGUACGCCCAAUUUUCUGCAGAGAGCCUCGUUUCGCAAGUCUUGGCAGGGAAUUACGCCGCGCUGUACGAGACUGACCGUCUUCUUCCGGUGUUGUUGCUCGAGGACAAAGACAAAGACUACUACAGCAUGUAUGAAAACGAACCGGUGGCAUACGAACACGUUGCGGAGUCCAACAACAAAACGCAUGCCGAACACUCCGUCGCCCGGCAUUUGGAAGUCCAACAACAAAACGCUUUUUCGUUUCACUUUGCUACCAUGCUGUCACAACAGAGCUUCUUGCUCUAUUCCAUUUCGCCAAUUCUACGGGCAAUCGAUCAAAUUACCUACUGGAUCAAGUUUCGCGCAGACACCGCCCCUUCCGUCGGCAAUGCCGAACUCUUGUUCGACGAGUGUCAUCAAGCCCUCGUGGACUGGGCUAACCGUAGCGAACUUGAUUCAGGACUUGCAGUUGCCCUUAGUGCCGGCGCGAACUUUUACGCCGGCUUCUACUCGAAAGAUUUGCAGAAGAAGUGUGGCGUCAGCGAUCUCUUACGAAAGGAACGCCGUCUUGCGGAACGGGCGUGUGGCAGCAACCUCGUUAUAA